UACCUCACUAAUCAUCAUCCGCUUCCCCUCUUUCUGUCUCUCUCUCGCUCUCUUCAUCGCGCUCCAAGCAGAGUCUCUCUCUGCAAAGCAAAGUGACCAGACGGUUGUCGAAGCGUAAUUUUCCCUAAAAAACAUGGGCAACAAGGUAAUAUGGAGCUGGUCCUCCGCCCUGGUGGGAGCGGCGUCAGCCGCGGCGGCGGCGGCGUUAAUCAGCGGCAAACCGAGAGACCCAACUUUCGAGGUGAUUUCCAUAAGCCUCACCUCCUUCAAGCUCAACCUCCCAGUCCUCGACGUCGAACUCAUCCUCACCGUCCACGUCACCAACCCCAACAUCGUCCCCAUCUCCUACGCCUCCUCCGAGAUGUCCAUCUUCUACUCCGGCUCCAAGCUCGGCUCCGCCCGGAUCGACGCCGGCUCGCAGCCUCCCGGAUCCUGCCGGCUACUCACCCUUCCCGCGCGGCUGAGCGGCCUCGAGCUGGCUCACCACGCCACUCAGUUCAUCGCUGACGUUAGUCGGCGCGAAAUGGUUCUUGACGCGGCGGUGGAUAUCGAAGGUGCGGCUAAGGUGUUGUGGUGGGACCACAAGUUUAAGAUCCACGUGGACAGUCACAUAAUCGUUGAUCCUGUGUUUCUUGAUGUCAUUGAUCAGGAAAACAAGUCGGACUUGGAUGUCUUCGUCGCUUAAAAAAUGUAUUUUUUUAUUUCUAGAUUGUAAUUUUCGUAUUUUGAUUUUGUUUUUGUUUUUUUUAACCUUGUAAUAUACACAAAUCAUGUUCUUUACUUCGUGUUUUUUUAAUUAGUAGUGUAAUGCUAUAA